AUGCAGUCCGGAAUCACAGCGUCCUCCGACCUGCACUCGGCCUUCAACACCUUUACCAGCGAUACCUCUCUCUUCUGCCUCCCUGCUGGCAUCACCUCUGAGUCACUCACACCUUUUCCGGCAAUCCGCUUCCCUUCCUCUCAUUCCGGCCUCUUCAACAGCAUCCACACGCUCUCCGACAUUCUGACGCUGACAGAUCCCCUCUACUUGUUCCUGCGCCGUGCUCCUACUUCAAACGAGCUGAUAGCAAUAACAUAUGUCCCUUCACGAGCCCCCGUGCGGCAAAAGACUCUCUUUGCAUCGACACGGAACACUCUUAUGCGCGAGCUCGGUUCAGAAAAGUUCUCCGACACUGUCUUUUUAACUGAGAGGGAAGAAAUCCUCGAUCCCGCCCAAUGGGAUGAGCGCUCCAAGGGCUCUGCAGCCGCAAGUGGUGGUGUUCCCACUCCUAGCGCCCGGGGAGCUGUGGAUGCCGGGCUCCUCAGCGCAGAGGAAAGAGAAUUGCAAGCCGUAAAACGAGCUGAGGAGGAAGAGAGGCAUGGGACACGAGGGAGGGAUCUGAUGGGCGAAGGAGGAAGCGGUGCAGGGCCGGGAAAAGGCGGUGUGAUGAUGAAGAUUGCAGAUGAAGCCAAGUCUGCCCUGACAGGAUUCAAAGAUACUAAUAACUCGGGGGGCAAUAUGGCCGUCUUCGGGAUCGACAUCGCGACCGAAGAGAUCCGGCUGUUAUCCACCAGUUCUGAUGUUCACCCAGGUGCAGUGGCUAGCAACAUACCGGGCGAUCGACCGAGCUAUACGUUCUACAACGCACAAGGUGUUCCCGGAAGCAUAUUCAUUUAUGUAUGUCCGGGAACGAGUAAGAUCAAGGAAAGGAUGGUUCAUGCGAGCUCAAAGUUGGGGUUGACUAAACUUGCGGGAUUUGAAGGUGUUGAAAUUGUCAAGAGACUCGAGGCCGGAGACCCGGAGGAGUUGCUCGGUGACAGAUUAGAGCAUGAGGUCAAGAAUUUGGUCGCAGCGGGAGGUGUCACUGGUGGAGAUGCUGGUGUAGAAGGCGGCGACAGCUCGGCGCCUGGAUCGGGGACGGCAACGCCCAGAGGAGGAUUUGCCAGACCAAAGAGACCAGGGAAAAGGUGA